AUGGCCUCCCCACCGGGCGCCGAGAGCCGGGCGGACCCGGGCGAGCAGGAGGCGGCGGUGGUCGCGGCGUUGCAGGCGGAACUGGGCGCGUGCCGCGCGCAGCUGGAGCGGGCGCGGCGGCGGCUGCGGCGCACCCAACGCCUGUACCGCCGGGAGCGGGAGAGCAGCGGGGCGCUCAGGAGGCAGGUAGAAGAACUCACUAAAGAAAUCCAUAAUAGAAAGGAGAAAGAUACGUCUAGUGUAGAAGUACAGACAGAGGACUGUGCUGCAUGGUCACAAGCAGAUUAUUACUACUAUGAAAAUUAUUACAGUCACACGGAUACUCGAGAUUGUGUAUCUGAGCUAGGAGUGAAGCACAGUCAUGGGAAUGAAGGCAUUGGGCGUAAUUCCACAGAGGAAUCGGAUGCAGGUGUUAAUAUUCCACUGAAGAAGAAUAGCACCAAAGCUAUUGAAGGUGGAGAAGAGGAAAAUUUCAUCCAGAAUUCACAGGAGACAGAAGAAACUUCAGUACCAGAAGGUUCUCUGGCAGAGAGCUUGAGAGCUGCUGCAGAGGCUGCUGUUUCACAAACUGGAUUUAUAUAUGAUGAAAAUACAGGAUUGUAUUAUGACCAUAGCACUGGAUUCUACUACAAUUCAGAAAACCAACUUUAUUAUGACCCAGCAACUGGAAUUUAUUACUACUGUGAUGUGGAAAGCGGCCGAUACCAGUUUCAUUCACGAGUGGAUCUGCAGUCUUACCAGGCCUCUGGUACUAAGUACACCAAGGAUAAAAAGGGGAAAAAGAAGAGAAAAGAAGCAGAGUGGCUUGCUGCAGAUGAGUAUAAGGAUUUGGACACAGAAGAGCAGAAAACAUCUAACAGUCUGAAUUGCUUUUCCACCACCGAGCAAGUAAGUUCUACUGAAGAAGAUGAAUCUCUAAAUGUAAGAAAGAAGACUAAAAUGGACAAAAAACCAUUAAACAGUCUAACAGCCAAAGAAUCCAUUUCUGCAGAUGGUAUAAAUUCACAUUCGCAAAAAAGUACACCAGACGCUGCAGCGUAUACAGAUGACAGUAGAACAGCAGACACAGAGAGUGAACCAGAAGAAGGUGAAAUUACAGAUUCUGAGUGUGAAACCUACAGUGGGGAGGAAUUAACAAGUGAAGAAACUGGUGAUUCAGAAUACUCAGAAAAUGAAGAUGAAGAAAAGAUCUGGCCUCCUUGUAUCAGAGUAAUAGUAAUAAGAUCACCAGUUCUACAGACUGGGUCACUUUAUAUUAUCACUGCUGUGAAACCUGCUACAAUUGGAAGAGAAAAAGACGUUGGACACACUCUUCAGAUUCCUGAAGCUGGAGUCAGUAAGUUUCAUGCAGAAGUGUAUUUUGACCACGAUUUGCAAAAUUAUGUUCUUGUGGAUCAAGGCAGUCAGAAUGGAACAGUUGUUAAUGGAAAUCAGAUUCUCCAGCCUAAAACAAAGUGUGAUCCCUACAUCCUGGAACAUGGAGAUGAGGUGAAGAUCGGCGAAACUGUGCUUUCUUUUCAUAUUCACCCCAGCGGUGAUACUUGUGAUGGAUGUGAACCAGGACAAGUUAGAGCACAUCUUCGCCUGGACAAGAAAAAAGAGUCUUCUGUUUGUCCAGCACUUAGCAAAGAAGAGAGAGAGCUAGUCAGAAGAAAAGCAUUAAAACAAAUACGGGUGAAAUAUGGUUUACAGAAUACAGAAUAUGAAGACAACAAGGCAGUGAAAAAUCCAAAGUACAAAGACAGAGCAGGAAAACGCAGAGAGACCGUUGGAAGUGAAGGAACCUUCCAGAGAGAUGACAGUUCAGCUUCUGUUCAUAUUGAAAUCAGCAAUAGCAACAAAGGACAUAAAAUGUUGGAGAAGAUGGGAUGGAAGAAGGGGGAAGGUCUGGGAAAGGAUGGUGGUGGCAUGAAGGAUCCGAUCCAACUGGAAUUACAUCAGAAGCAUGCAGGUUUAGGUACUAGGAGACCAGCCUCAAUUGAAGAUGUUCAACUUGUCCAGAGCAAGAAUAAAAAGAACUGGGAUAAAGCAAGAGAGAGGUUCGCUGAAAACUUCCAAGACCCUAAAUCUCAAAGGGAUACAGCUAAGAGUACACUUUGGGUCAGAGGGACAGUAGACUGAAGUAUCUAGUCCCACAGCAAGGAAAUACAUAUGAAAGAUGACUGUGACUUUCAGUUUUACCUGUUUUCCGUCAUGUCUGUACAUGUGACACCCUGCCGACACCCUGCCAUUAGGAUCAUGAUUGAAGUCUGCACCUUGCUUGCUCAAAUGCCCAUUUACAUUGAAUUUUGUCACAAUUUACAUUGCCCAUUACAUUUGUCCAUUUACAUUGAAUAAAGCCAGAGUUGAGUUGAAAACUGAAUGUGGUUUUAAUGCUUGUAACCUUUCACACUUUGGAAGUACAAACAAGCUGCUACAUUCCUUCUUCCUCAGAUCUUCUGCAAAAUCCAUGUCUCUUUAUUUGGAGUUGAGUAAUGGUGAAGCAUUACAAAAAUGUUUAAACAGCAUGUGACAUGAUGCUCACCUCUUUCUUCAUUGUCCUGUGACUUGCAUUCGGUGAUGUAUUUUCUUUCCCCUAGAUACUGCUGACACCUGGCUACAGUAAUAUGCUAAUUCCCAGUAUCCACCAUUAAAACUAAUGAACUGUUGAAGCCUAGAUAAAUCACUUCAGUCAUUACAAAUAAAGAUUAAAAUGGC